AUUAACCAUAUCUAUUUAUCUCACAAUUAAGUUUAGAAAAUAGUUCAAACACUAGACGAAUCCUAAAGAGAAGUAAGUAGCGCUCCUCGACAAUAGAAUUCAGUGCUUGAAGAUGCUCUACCUGUUGUCAUUGAUCCUCAUCAUUGCAUCUGCAUAUGCUGGACAAUGGCCCAAAGGAAGUUAUACACUAGUUAAACCGCGAUCGGGAUGCCCAUCUGGGUGGUGGGAAGGAUGGCGAAAGCAAGAUAAUGAAGAUGAAAGACCUAAUAAUGGGAUUACAUUUGGACAUAAUUUCUACGGUUCAUUUGGAAAAGACAUGGUAUUUUAUUACUGUACGAAGGACGGCCACGUACCCGGAACUGAACAUUGGCCGAAAGGAAAUUAUUGUAUUUUAAGACAAGGCGUUUCCUGUCCACCAGGCUUCCAUAUGGGAAGUGUACUCUGGGAUGAUGAAGACAAACGAAAUUCUAAUGACGGAGGGGGUGUUCUUCCUAGUGGAACCUAUAAUAAAGACACUCUAAUAAACUACUGUUGCAGAAAUGACGGUUCACCAAGAACAAAGAUUACUCUUCCAACAGAUGUACCGUUCUACUUAUUGCGAUUCCGAUCAUCAUGUCAAGAGGUUCAAGGAAUGCGUGUCAAGGAGGAGCACGUGAAAUCAGAUGACGAGGACAACAGAAACAAAAGCAGUGUCAGUGGAUAUCACCCUAUGCGAACUGGUGGCAAAGACACCAUGCUCUACUAUUGUUAUUAUUACUAAAUAUAGUUAACGGAAGUCACUAACUACACUCAAUCGACAAAAACACUAAACUAACACAAUUGUGAUUUUACUGAA